AUCUGCCAGAGCUGAGAUAGUGGUCGGGAACUGCUGUCGGUAUUUGUCAGUGUAAAGAUAAGAGAAAGAAGAGAAAUACGUUUGUCUAAAUAACGCAUAGAAUGACGGACAGGAAACCGUGUAAGGUGUGUAAUUUCACACGACAGAAAUCAUAUGGGUUGGUAGUUCCCUCCCUGGAUGAGCUGAAGAUAAAAGGGUGUGAGUUCCUUGGGUUCAGCCCCAGUGACCAGGUCACAGUGGUCCUAGAGGAUGAUGGGACGAUAGUAGAGGAUCAGGCCUACUUUUUAUGUUUACCCUUAAACACAAAGUUCAUGCUGUUGCAUGAAAAAGAGUCAUGGUCUCCAGUUCGCAGGCUUGAUGGUGGCACAGCCUGGAUGGCCAGGGAGUCUGUGCUGCUGGAGGCUGAUGUUGUGGACACUUCCAGUGCUGUGGCACCCUGGUGGGACCUGGCCCAGCAGCUAAAACAGGACCUGGCCAGCAUCAUUCUCAUGUCUGAGGCAGAGUUACAGACCUUAGUGGAUGCCCCGUGCUCCGAACUAGCCUCUGCUCUGGGCUUCCAAGAGAAGAAGGCUGAGGACCUUCAGGAGACACUGCAGAGGGUUUUGGACCGAAGAGAGGAAGAGAGGCAGUCCAAGGAGUUGCUCCAGCUCUACCUCAAAGCUGUGGAGAAAGAGGACAGACAGCAGGAAGAGCCAAGUCAGCCCAGCCAGGGAGGGGCUGGAGACAUGGAUAUGCCGGAUGGCGUGGAAGUGGACUCUGCAUCCGGAUUCAUGCCCAGGACGCUGAUGGUCUUGAAAGGAAAAACAAGCCCAGAGACCAGGCUCUCCACUGAAGAUCUGCAGAUGGUCGUGACCAGAGGGGUUGAAGCUAUGGAGCAGGUGCUGGGCUGGGACAGAACGAGGACGUCAGCGCUGCUGCAGGCCUGCGAAACCGAGCUGACCAGACGUCUCCAGCAGGUUCAGGCCUUGCAGUCCAUCAGGAGCAACACACAGCUGAACAGCAGCCAGCAGGAGGGCAAAGAAACACCAGCCCAAGACAGCAACUAGGCUGAUUCUUCACCUGAGCAGAGACUGAUAAGAAUUCACACUACCUGCCUCAGGGCCAGUAGAAUGGGAUUUAACCUGUGUUACUGAUAAUACCCAUAAUGCUGGAAUCCAUGAAUGCUAAUGAUGUUGAUGUUUGCAUCAUUUUUGUAAAACUUGCAAACCACUCGAAUGCUUUUGCCUCAAGAGGAAGCAAAGUGAUUUGCACAAGUCAUGUUUAUCAAAAACAUAUUGGCAUUAACCACUGGCCUCGACUGGUUCCUAAUUUUGAUUGAGCGCCAUGCUGUGAAAAUAAACACAGUUAAAUAUAAACAUAUCCAUGUGAAAACUUAAGGCAAUAGUUUGACAUUUUGGGAAGUUAUUUUUCCUGCUGACAGUAAGGCUCGGGACACACUGCCUGUGUUAUAUGUGCAUGACGGUCGCGGAACAUCUUGGUUUUCAUUUCGGCGCCCAUGUUAACAGAUUAGAGCUCGAGCCUCGCGGCUGCCGCGCAUCAUCUACAGUUUUGGCGUCUCGCCUAUUUUUCCCAUGUGAUGCAAGUUUUCCCAGAAAAAAUAGAAAGGGAAAGAUUUGUUCAUAUUGACAUAUUGACAUUAUACCAGCAGCAUUACAUUAAACUGACACCUUCCACUAUAGUUUCAUUGUCUAGACUGAAUCUGGAUAUGACACAGACAUGAAAAAAAGAUCAAUAUUAUAUUUUUUAACCAUUUUAGUAAUUGCAUGUGGAGACAGUGGAGGCCACAUGUGUUAUAUCGUCAUAGCAGAAACCCAAUGUAGGCUUUAAUUAUAUUAUGUCAAUAAUUUAAGAGGUGAAGGGCGGUAGAUUUCCAGUUCGUUCUCUCUUACUCUCUGUGAGUGUGUGUGUGCAUCUUUACAAAAGUGUUUGUUAGUGAGGUUUAUAAGGAAAAGGACACGCUGGAGGUGUGGAUACACACGAGCGUGCGAGCCACAGUAGCUGUCACGCACACGCAACACAAGCAGUGUGUCCCGGGCGUUAGAUGAGAAGAUCAACACCACUCUCAUGUCUGUCUGUUCAAUAUGAAGCUGGAGGCAGCAGACAGCCGCCCUAGCUUAGCAUAAAAAGUAGAAACUGGGAAAAAGCCUCACUGGUUCUUUUAACACAAUCCAUCUACAGUCUCAGCAAGAAAGUGUAUUUCCCCUUAUGUGGAACUAUUGUUUCGAGGUUUUAUAUAAACUGUUACUGUUGACUCAGCUUCGCAGUAUUAUUGUUUACAUUGUGUUCCUGCUUAAACAUUGACAACUAAGACAAAUUAUGCACUCCUUUUUUAACAACCUUUGACUAACUACAGAUAGGAAAUAUAUCUAUCCAGAGAAACCCUGUCAAUCUCGAGUAGAGUAACAAAAUAUUUUGUGUGCUGUACAUGUGCCAUCAUUGAAAUGUGAUUUACAUAUUAAAUACAGGGGAUGGGAUGUUUAGAGUAGCAGUGCACUCUUAUUUCAAUCAGCUGGCAACAUGGCUGGUCUUGUGCCUUCCCCAGUGACCGCUGCAAAAAGACACUAUUAUGCUAUGUUCCCACUACGGUCCCGUAGGUCUACCUUUUCUCCAAUCGGUUUUAAAGUCUACGAGUUCAGCAAUUUUCCAACUUAAGAUCACAAACGCGUUUUGAGAACAGGCAUUUUGCACCACAGCCUUCAUGUAUGUGCUACUUGGUGUGAAAUGUCAUCAUUCACUGACCUGUAACCAUUAGCGGAGUCUGCACACGGAAGAAUGAAUAGUAGAAAAUGCCAUAAAACGAUGAGUAUGAACUCCUCGCACAAGACACAAUACCAAAGUAACUUGCACAGCACCACAUUAGAAUGACAGGCAGUGCUGACAGAGACUGUGAGCAGGAUCAUACUGAGAGUGGCGUUUUCUCUGAGAUAUGUGCAAAUGCUGACAUCGAGCAAAUAUAUUUGUGUAAAAGCUAAUUUGAAUGGGUCACACAGACUUAAUUUAUUAUUCCUACAAUAGAGUAAGACAAGAUAAGAUGUGUGUCACAUACACGCAAGCCUCACUGAGCACAUUAUGGCUGGCAUUGUGGGUAAGAAUAACAAAGCUUCUUCUUUGAAUUGCGCAGAACCAAUAUUUCUGGACGAGUGCUCUUUAAGAGUUUCAAUUAUACACCAUUGUGAAAGUUAUGUACCAGUCUAGUGGCUGUGUGAUAUGUGACGGCGUGGACGACAUGUGCGGGGUCUGUGUGACUCAUAGGUUAUGUAGAAGAUAGCCUUUGUCAUGCCUGUCAUCUCAUCACCUGUCUCUUGAACAAUGAACACAAAAUGAUGGUGGAUUUGAAUUUGCGUUAAGGAUUCAUCUUUUCGUGCUGCGGUGAGAUUUGAGAUGUCAUUACCGGUUUGUACUUUACAAUUACAUGUAUCAGAGAAAAGUGGAGGACUCAUAUAGAUAUCUCAUAGGCAGUUUCUUUAAAAAGUAAAGUGCUGUUUUAUACUAAACCCCGUUUGAACCGUACUGUAAGCUCUCCAACACAUUCACAUUUUGUAUUUAAACAGGUACGACAAUUGUUACACAGAGAAGCUGUAUGUGACUGUACAGUAUGUGAUUUAAGGUACCUUUUAUACACAUGUUGAAUGGUGCUAGGAGGGUUUUUCUAAAAUAAACCAGCCCUCAAACUUAGGGCAUUUUUCUCAAA